AUGGCUUCUUCACCAACUGACUCCAAUCCACCAUCCGCCGUUCCUCUCCCUCUCUCCUUACCUGCUCCACCACCACCACCACCACCAACAACAACAACCUCUUCCCGCCGUCUUCCUCCUCCUUGCUGGACACCAGAAGAAACAUCUGCCUUAAUCGAUUCAUAUCGUGACAAAUGGUAUUCUCUUGGCCGUACGAAUCUCAAAGCAAUUCAUUGGCAAGAAGUUGCUGACGCCGUUACCGCUAAGUGCCCUAACGCUUCACCGACACACAAAACCGCCGUUCAGUGCCGUCAUAAAAUGGAAAAAUUACGUAAACGUUACCGAUCUGAGAUCCAACGGCUUAGAUCUCUUCCUGUUCCCAGAUCUCGUUCUUCUUCUUCUUGGGUUCAUUUUAAAUCUAUGGAUUCUAUGGAAAAAGGUCCUUCUCCUCCGCCGAUGAAAAUUGAAAACCCUAAUCAUCUUAAUCACCGUGAAACCCUAAUUGAUAACGAUGAUCUUGACGAUGAUGAUCUUUACGAGGAACUUAGAAGUGCUGCUGGUGGUGGAUCUGGAAAUAGCAGGAGUAUCAAUAAACUCUACCGGAAUGGAGUUUCUGGUGGUGGUGGUGGUCCUCCCGGUGGUGGUUUUCGUAUCAGGAUUCCGAGUGGCGUUAGCGUGGCGCAAACUUUCAUCGGUAACCAUCUUCAGAAAAUGAUUGAUAACCGAUCGGGUUCGGAAUCUGGUUCUCGGAUCAAUGGCGGUGGAAUGAGGCUUAAUAAAGAGAGAGUUGGAUUGGGGAAGAGAGAGAGGGAGAGAGAGGUAGAGAGAGAAAAAGAUCCAAUUGGUGAAAUGGUGAAUGCUAUUAAGGUUUUGAGAGAUGGGUUUGUGAGAAUGGAGCAAAUGAAAAUGGAGAUGGCUAGAGAGAUUGAAACCAUGCGUAUGGAGAUGGAGAUGAAGCGUACUGAAAUGAUUCUUGAGUCUCAGCAGAAGAUUGUUGAAGCUUUUGCGAAAGCAGUUUCGGAGAAGAACAAGAAGAGGAAACUGCAUAAGGGUAAUAGUAACAACAAUAACAAUAGCAACACCAAUAACAACAUAGCUUCACCCUCAGAAUCGUAG